AUGGCUAACCAGAACUCUGACCUUUACAAGCAAAUCACUGCCGGCAGUGUAGCUGCUGUGUUUCAAACGACAAUGACAUACCCAUUUGAGUACUUAAAGACUGGUUUACAAUUGCAACCGAAGGGUACCGCUUUCGAAAUCAUUUUACCUCAGAUUAAGUCGUACUUUGUUGGCUGCUCUGCCCUAAACGUGGCCGCAUUUGGUAAGACUAUUUUAAGGUUCGUUACGUUCGACAAGUUAUGCCACUCCCUGAAUAAUAACAUUGAUAAUAAUGAUAAUUUUCAAAGACUGACUGGUUAUAACCUUUUGAUCGCUGGUACGUUGACAGGAAUAGUAGAAAGUUUGUUUAUUAUCCCUUUUGAAAACAUAAAAACCACCCUUAUCCAAUCGGCGAUGAUCGAUCAUAAAAAAUUAGAGAAGAAUCAACCUGUAGUUAACGCAAAGGCAACCUUUCACAAGGUGGCGACUAAAUCUACUCCUGUGGCUCGUAUCGAGAAACUACUUCCAGCGGUAAAACACAUGUAUCAAACAAGAGGCCCUGCUGCGUUCGUCCAGGGAACAACAGCCACCAUAUUUAGGCAGAUAGCUAACACCUCUAUUCAAUUUACUGCAUACACAGCAUUUAAACGGUUGUUACAAGCAAGAAACGACAAGGCAUCCUCAGUAAUAACGGGGUUAGCCACAUCUUUUACACUCGUGGCAAUGACUCAGCCCAUUGACGUCGUAAAAACAAGGAUGAUGAGUCAAAAUGCCAAAACUGAAUAUAAAAAUACCUUAAAUUGCAUGUAUAGAAUAUUUGUUCAAGAAGGCAUGGCCACAUUCUGGAAGGGCUCCAUCUUUAGGUUUAUGAAAGUCGGUAUUUCAGGAGGCUUAACGUUCACUGUUUAUGAACAGGUUAGUUUGUUACUAGGCUUCUCUUCCAGGUCUUGA